GUCACGUGAGAAGAAGCGCGAGCAGCGGCGGUUGACCGCGAGCAGAGGACACUCGGCGGCGGCGGACGACAACGACGCACAGUCGACGCGAGAGAGAGAGAGAGAGACGCCAUUCCUCCCGUCCUAUUUAUUCUAUUGAUUGUUCUUUUAUUUUAACAUUGAGGAGGAUGCGGUGCCUGGGAGUCCUGGCGCUGCUGGUGUGCGGCGCGAGCGCCUUCACAGAUCCUAUCAUCAUUAAACAACAGCUCACAAAUCCAGGUGUAGACGGUCAGGAUGAAAUAGUACUUAGCUGCAACCUGACCAAUCCACCUUCUGAUAUUAAAGGACGUGUUUGGAGAAAGGAUGGUGCAGAUAUUCCUGGCACCGUUGAUGAAGACAAUUCGUCUUUAAUGCAACAUAGACUGCAAUCUGUUGAUGCAAAAAAUUCGGGGCUGUACAGCUGUGUUUAUUUGACAAAACCACUUUCAAGCGAAACUUUCCAAGUUAAAGCUGCGCCUGGUGUGACCACCUACAAGAAGUCUGAGCAUGGGAAUGAAGGCGAUGUUGGGUUACUGACUUGUAAAAGCCAUGGGUAUCCGCCAGUUGAAUCCUGGACAUGGUCCAGAUCGACUAAAGAUGGUGGUGUUGAGCACAUUAUGAAUGGGACAAAUAACCGAUUCCAAAUCAAGAUCACUGGCAAUGGGACUGAGCUUCGCAUCCUGGCGCUGGAUAUCGAGAAAGACCAAGGAGAGUACUACUGCAAUGCCACCAAUGAGAUCGGGGCCCGGGCAGAAAUCAUCCAUCUUCGUGUCCGCGGCCGUUUCGCUGCUCUCUGGCCUUUCCUGGGGAUCGUUGCUGAGGUCAUUGUCCUUGUCGCAAUCAUCUUCAUUUAUGAGAAGAGGAGAAAGCCCGACGAGCUUGCAGACGAUGACGAACAAGGAUCUGCACCUCUGAAAAGCAAUGCAGCCACUAAUCAUAAGGAUAAAAAUGUCAGGCAGCGAAAUGCAAACUGAAUUGAUUUCUUACUUUGGGAAAGGAGGUGGCCUGUACAACAUUACAAAGUAGAUGGGUUUUGUAGUUGACGUGGAGGAUGAUAUCUUGGGUGUGAAAUAAAGCAUUUUGAUGCGUUCACAGAUCCUAAAGCUUUUUGAGUCUCUUUUAACAACAAAAAGAUUAUUAAGUUAAUUAAUUAGAAACUCUUUUACCAUUUGACUGCUGGUGUUUUUUUAAAUUCACUCCAGUGUAUUAGCACUAAUUGAUUAAAGGGACAGUGUAGUCUAUUCUGGCCUCCCCAGCCUGUGUAAAGUACAUUGAUGUUCCUUCUAGAUAUUUGAUUGUUUUUUUUUUCUUGGUGGCUAGGUUUAUUUUUUGUUUGCAACCGAUGUAUGUAAUAAUCUGCUAUCCUCUCAUCCUCCUGCCCACCCAUUAACUGAACUAAUAAUCAUAGUGACAAGUUGGGAUUUGUAAAUGCGAAUGCGUUCUUUCUCCCCUUCCGUCCUCUCUCUCCUUCUCUUAUUCCCACCCCCCCACCACCUACCUAAAUUCAUCUGAUCUAGGCCAUUGGUAGAAACAAUGUCUUGUUAAUAUAGUUUGUAUUAAUCCUGCAUGAUAAAACAUUCAGAUUGGCUUGUGGAGUAUAUAUCGUGUGUUGCUGGUGAGUCUGACUUCCUCCCUUUACAGUGACACCAUUAUUGAGAAUGUGGUAUGUCAUCAGCUAAAUUCAGUAUUUUUGGGAGGGGGAAAGUCUUCAAAUCAAAAUAAUGACUACACUACCAAGUUUUGAAAGUGGCUGGUAAUACUGUGCAUCUUAUUGAAAUGUACCCGAUGGGUCACUUGUAUAGCAACUCUUAUCGAAAUUGCUUGUUGGUGAAGGCUUGUACCGAUGCUUGCCAUUGCUCUUAUUUUUCAUGUCAACAUGACCAGCUAAUUUUGCAUCUUCAGUAUUAACUGGUGCAGUAGUAGUGUCCAGUGUGUCUUUUAUAGAAUAAGCUAUUUUCUUGUGUGGUGUUUUUUCUGUAAUAGUUUAGUGAACUCCAGCUGAAUAUUUAUAGAGCAUGGCUUCUCCUCAGACAUUAUUUUUUUUUACCAGUUUGUGAAGGGAGGGAGGAGGGUGGGUGAAAGGAAGAACAGUCAGUGAUAACCAGUGAAUCUCUUAACCCUUCUCUGUAGUAAGUUUCCCUUGUAUCCCUGUAGUAAGUUUCCCUUAACCUUGAAAUAUGUCCCCACUGAAUUUCUCUUCCACAACCCGUUUGACAUCGUUUGCUGUAGCUACAAAGCGUUUUUUUUU